AUGGCUUCCGAGAAGGCAAACAACCCCAUGCGGGAGCUGAAGAUUCAGAAGCUCGUUCUGAACAUCUCCGUCGGAGAGUCUGGUGACAGACUUACCCGUGCCGCCAAGGUGCUGGAGCAGCUUUCUGGUCAGACCCCCGUCUACAGCAAGGCUCGCUACACCGUCCGAACCUUCGGUAUCCGACGUAACGAAAAGAUUGCUGUCCACGUCACCGUCCGAGGCCCUAAGGCCGAGGAGAUUCUUGAGCGUGGUCUCAAGGUCAAGGAGUACGAGCUCCGCAAGCGCAACUUCUCCGAGACUGGCAACUUUGGCUUCGGUAUCAGCGAGCACAUCGAUCUUGGUAUCAAGUACGACCCCUCCAUCGGUAUCUACGGCAUGGAUUUUUACUGCUGUAUGACCCGACCUGGUGAGCGCGUUACCCGCCGCCGCCGAACCAAGUCCCGUAUCGGUGCCAGCCACCGCAUCAAGCGCGAGGAGACCGUCAAGUGGUUCAAGUCUCGCUUCGAUGGCAUUGUCCGAUAA